CUUGAGUAUACCGAAUUGACGACUUCGACCUUCGUGAUCCAAUUGAGAAAUUGCCCCGGACGAAGCACCGCACCAUGGCCGAGAGCGCGAUCAAGCAGCCCACCUCGACCUUUGUCGGGACCAGCAAGGUCGUCCAGACCGACUACCCGCUCAUCGACAAUGACCCUCACUUCAAGCGAGUCGUGGGCUACGCCCGAACUUCCGACUAUGUUUACGGCCUGAUCGCGGCUGCUUUCGCGCCGGGCGCCCUCAUCACACUCGAGAAGUUUGCUCCCUCGCAUGUCGGCAAGGGCGGUUUCCCUAAGGCCCUGCGAUUGGCUGGUGGUGUUGGUAUCCUCGGUGGUUUCCUCUACUUCUACCAGCGAUCCUGCCUCCGGUUCUACGGCGCCACCGAGAACGCCCGAGAGGUUGAGCUGGACAUGCGGGAAAUGGUCGACAAGGUCAAGGCCGGCGAGCCUCUGUACGGCGCGAGCCGGCUCAGCCCCCAUCUCCAGGGUGUCGCCGCCCGCCAGAGCCGAUACUCUGCCCUGUUCAUCAGCACGGUGCCCUGGUUCAACUUUGUGAACCACAACCAGCACGGUGUCGACACGGCCAAGUACUACCAGCAGGCCGAGCGUGAGCUGGAGGCGGAGCGAUCGGCCUAAAGCUCGUAAAAGGACGAUUGGGAGGAAGGGAAGGAAGCAAAUGGAGGAGAAAUGUGUGUAUAUUACCAGACCACAGGAGGGGAUCAUUGCCUCGACGGCGCGGUGGCUUUUCUUGCGAGAAAGAAAAUAGAUUUUCUUUGGCCCAUUCACCCUUUGCUUGACUAUCGUAAACUCCGCUGGAUGUCAUUCUUUGUGUUGAACUGAGGGUACAUCCGUUGAAUAUAACUCUCCAGGCUACCGAUAUCAAGCAGAGAUAAUAUCGCCAUUCACUUACAUGAUAACCUCGUGUGACUACAUCAGUACGCCCUUGGCUUGUCCUGGAGGAGGCUGAAUUGCCUCGGGUAUAUAAUCACGAGAGUCCGUGCAAGCUCUGCAAUUGAUACCGUGACAGACAACAUUACAG